UUUUUCUGUUAUCACGGCAUUUUUGGGAUCGCGUGUGUCUCCGUCUCUCGGGCCCCCUUCCCACACACGACCCCCCUUCGAACAGCGCACACCUUGACAAGUGUUUCUCCAACAAUGUCCUUCGUGCAGCGCUCGUGGCGACGUCUCCGCGGCCUGCCUGCAGCAGCGGAGUCCGGCGAGGAUGACGACAGCGCGGCCGAUCAGCGACCAACGCGCGUUGUGGCUGCCAACCAGGCCGCGCUCAAUGCCGGCUUCCCAGACAACCGCAUUGUCAACUCAAAGUACACGCUGUUCACGUUCAUCCCGUUCAAUCUCUACGAGCAGUUCAGCCGGUUUAUGAAUCGCUACUUUCUGCUCAUCGCCAUCCUGCAGCUGUUUCCAACACUGACGCCCGUCAACCCGCUCACGACGUGGGUUCCGCUCAUAUUUAUCGUUGCCAUUUCAGCCGCCAAGGAGGCGGUGGACGAUCGCCUUCGUCACAUUGCCGAUGCUCGCGCAAACAGUCGUCCUGUAACGGUCGCGCGCUUGGAAGGCGGCGUGGAGGGUGCGCCGCGAGUGUGGCAAACCAUCAAGGCGUCCGACAUUCAUGUCGGCGACAUUAUCUACCUGGAGAACGAGAAUGAACUGCCUUGCGAUGCAGUAGUCCUUAAAACCUCAGCGGAAGGCGCCGAGGGCCUGUGCUACAUCCAGACCGCUAAUCUUGACGGCGAAACGGACCUGAAAACCCGUCUUUCGUUGAAAGACACGCACGCCAUGUCUGAAGAAGCCCUGUUGGCUUUCACGGGCGUGGUUGAGUGCGCAGCACCAAACCCAGAAGUUUACCGCUUUGACUCGCGGCUCUUUACAGACAUUCGUCACCUGAAUGCCUACCGCUCCUCUCCUCAUUCUGUUCCCGCACCCGCAUCGCUCAGUUCUGCCCAGUUGCUUCUGCAAGGAACGCACUUGCGCAACACUGCAUGGGCCAUCGCUCUUGCUGUCUACACUGGCAACGAAACGAAGCUUGGUAUGAACAAAACCGCGCCGCCGAUCAAAUGGACAAAGCUGGAUCAGAGCGUCAAUGCUGUUUCCGCAUUCGUCUUCUGCCUUCAACUGCUCCUGUCCUUCAGCUUUGGCUUUGGUGGCGAUGUUGUGGACGAACAAGAGUCUCACGAAGCGUGGUACCUCUUGGUGCCAGCUGUGCGAGACUGGUACGACUGGUUUGUCAUUCCGUUGAGAAUGCUGCUGCUUCUCUCCCUCAUGAUUCCGAUUUCGUUGAAAGUGACGAUGGAUAUUUGCAAGUACUCGUAUGCCGUCUUCAUUGAUUGGGAUUUGGCGUUGUGGGAUGAUCGCCAAAACAUCGGCGCUCAUGCCACCAGCACAGCCAUUAGCGAAGACUUGGGCCAAAUCGAGUACAUUUUCACCGACAAGACGGGCACGUUGACGGAAAAUGUGAUGGAGUUCAAAUUUUGCACCAUUCACGGCAGCACGUAUGGAUCGCUGAGCAUGCCGUCCACAGAGCAUGCCAACGUUCCACAGCACUCGACUUGGUCCGAUGGCGAGUUGAGUGCAUUGGACGAUGAGCGGCUGAAGGCCAUGGUCGCCGAAGCUGCCUCGGCCAGCCUUUCGCCGCGUGGCUCCAUGUCUGCUUCUGCAGACGCCUUUGCCGCCUUGAGCUUUUUCCGCGUCCUUGCUGUGUGUCACACGGUUGUCCCUGCGACUUCCAUGCAAGCGCAUCAGCAUGCUCGAUCUCACGGAGCAGCUUUUGAGCAUCAUGUUUCCGCUCCAGGCCAAGACGAGAGCGAGCUCGUCUACCAGGCGUCGUCUCCCGACGAAGAGGCCCUCGUCAAGGCGGCGGCCAAGAUGCGCAUCAAGCUGUUGCGUCGCGAGGGAUCGAUUGUCACCAUCUCGGUUUGCGGGUCGGUUGAAAAGUACGAGAUACUGGCUGUCCUCGAGUUUUCGUCCGACCGCAAGCGCAUGUCUGUGGUUGUCCGCGGUGUCGAGGGCCCGUUGACGCAAAAGCUGUUCUUGUUCACCAAGGGUGCUGACGACACUGUGCUUCCUCGCUGCCUUGGAACUGACUCUGCCGCGGUUGGAUUGAACUUGGAGCCGAGCAUUUCUGCUGACAGCGGUGAGGCGGCUGCGAGCACGGCGUUCGACCCGUCUGCGGUGCUUGGCGCCGCCCGAGUUAUCAAUGCAACCCGACCACAACUAGAGACGUACGCGCAGCUCGGACUGCGCACGUUGUGCAUUGCUCAACGUCCUGUGAGCGAGGCCGAGUUUGCCGAGUGGCAGAAGCAACUGCUUGCUGCCAAGUCUGCGAUGCAGGACCGCGAUCGACAGCUUGCCGCUUGCUAUGCGCAAAUCGAACAAGGCCUUGCGCUGCUCGGUGCGAGCGCCAUUGAAGACAAGCUCCAGGAUCAAGUUCCGCAGACCAUUUCCAUGCUGCGACAGGCUGGCAUCCGCUUCUGGAUGCUGACUGGCGACAAGUACGCGACUGCCGUGCAAAUUGCCACAAGCUGCAAUUUGAUGACGCCUGCGCCGCACGGCGAGCUGCUGCCCGUUCGUGGCACAACGGCCGAGCAAGUUCGGGCGUCCGUUCAAGAGCAUCUUUUGCAUGUGCAGCGCAUGCUCUCGCCUGAAAACCGCCACAGUGCAGCCUUGUACGCGAAUUCCGAGGAAGAGACCCACCGACGCAGUGCGAGUGAUGCCGGGCGAGAGUCCCAUUCCCGCUCCCAGCCGCUCCCCAUCCAAUUUUCUGUUAUUAUUGAGGGUUCAACCUUGCGAGUGGCGUUGGAAGCCCUCCCCGAAUUGUUCUUGCAGCUGUCUUUGCAAGCGCACACUGUGAUUUGCUGCCGCGUCACUCCUCAGCAAAAGGCACAAGUGGUGGCGUUGGUCAAGUACGAUGGAUUUGUCCCCGCCAGCCCAGGCGAUACACCACCGCCGCUCUCGUGGUCUGAGCGCAUUUCCGAGGGCAUUUCCGAGGGCUGGCAAACAUUGCGCUCCUGCUGCUCGUCGACUGGUGCGUCCGACACGCCGUUCGGAGCAGGAAGCGGCUUUUCGCGCUUGCGCGAGGAAGAAAGCGACUCGAGCGAUUUGGAUGCGCGCUUUGCCAAUCACCAACGUGCCGUGUCUCGUGGUACGCGUCGCACCACGCGUGUGACUCUCGCGAUUGGUGACGGUGGCAACGAUGUCAGCAUGAUCCAAGAAGCGCACAUUGGCAUUGGCAUCAACGGCAAAGAAGGUCUGCAGGCGGCACGAGCGGCCGACUACAGCGUUCCGUUUUUCAAAGCUCUGCGGCGACUGGUGCUCAUCCAUGGUCGAUACUCGUACAACCGCACUUCGUUCGUGGCCCUCUACAGCUUCCACAAGUCUAUUUAUAUUGCGUUGAUCCAACUCAUGUUUGCCUUCUUGUCGGGAUUUUCAGGAGCAAGCUUCUUCAACUCAAUCAGUUUGACGUUUUACAACAUUUUGUUCACCGGCAUUCCCGUCAUCUUUUACAUUUUUGAUCGCGAUGUCGAGGAAGAGAGUGUCAUGACCUUCCCAGAGCUAUACCUGUGGUCGCAGGGAGGCCAUGCGUUCCAUGUUCGCAUCUUCAUGCGUUGGAUGGUGCGUGCGCUGUACCAGGCCGCCGUCACCUUGUUUUUCACGCUCGGCAUCUACAAUGCGCAGUUUGCUCUGCAUGACGGGACACUGCUGGACCAAGAGACCAUUUCCUUGGUCGCCUACACGGCGGCCAUCUUUGUGCAAAUCGGCAACGUUGCCUUGGAGACGCACACCUUCACGUGGCUCAACCAUCUGGCCAUCUGGGGCCAGCUCGCUGCCGUGUUUGUGCUGUUUGCCCUCGCCUCGCUGGUGCCCACGCUCUCCAUGUACUCGCUGAUGUUCAAGCUCUUUAGCGAUCCCGUCUACUGGCUGACCGUGCUUCUGAUUACGGUUGCUUGCCUGUUCCCGCUGGUCAUCUUCCGUGCGUAUGCGCUCGGAUUCAACCCCAAUCCCGUCGAAAUGGUGCAACUGAUGCAGCGCUCCAAUUCCGGGCGACUUGAUGCGCAUCGCGUUCUCGAGCCCUUUGCCGCGCGAGGGCCCACUGGGUCUGUGUACUCGGCUACCUCUCGCGUUUACACCACUUACGCAGCCACGCAGAUGACCCGCGAGUCCAUCGGCCAUCGCCCGGCCAGCCCAAGCACUCCCCUCCUGGCCUAGUUUGAUCUUCUGAAGCUAGCGAGUCUUUUCCACCUCAUGAUUUAUUCUUUUUAUUUGUUGUUGCUUUCGUUUUCUAUCGUUUUGUUGCCGACCGACCAAAAGUUCUCAAUGUAGCUGUCUCGAAUGAGCGCGUUUUUUUGUUGCGCGAUCCGUUCAAUCUCAAUCUCAGAAUUGAUUUUCUCAGUCCA